UGUACGUGAGUGGUUAUGUGAGUGAGUGUGUGAGUGGUUGUGUGUGUGUGGUUGUGUAAGUGUGUGUGUAGUUGUGUGUGUGGUUGUGUGUAUGUGUAUUAGUGUGUGUGUGAGUGGUUGUGUGUGUGAUUGGCUGUGUGUGUAGUUGUAUGUGUAGUAGUGUGUGUGUGAGUGGCUGUGUGUAUAGUAGUGUGUGUGUAGUAGUGUGUGUAUGUGUAGUAGUGUGUGAGUGGCUGUGUGUGAGUGGGGGUGUGGCCUGACACGUGAUGCCAGCGGAAAGGCAUGUGUGUGUGUGUAGUAGUGUGUGUGUGUGUGCGGUUCGUGUGCACCCUGCAGGCUGAGCCAGUGCCACGACUCUGCCGCGGUGGGCACGCGUCUCAGAGCUCUCAGCCCUCUCAGCUCCCUCCCUCUCAGCUCUCUCCCCCUGAGCCCCCUGAGCCGUACCUCUCGAGCCGGGGACCCCCUUGAGGCACAGGACAUGUCGCGAGUGGCGCUCCGCGUGGUGGGUCGACGCCUGACGGGGGCCGUGCCCAGACGAGGAAUGAGCGCAGCGGCCCAGCACGGGAUGAAGGUGGCGGUGCUGGGGGCGGCGGGGGGCAUCGGGCAGCCGCUGUCACUGCUGCUCAAGAUUAACGAGCGCGUGUCGCGCCUUGCGCUCUACGACAUCGCUCGUGCGCACGGUGUCGCCGUCGACCUGGGCCACAUCAACUCGCACGCCUCCAUCUCCGCGCACCAGGGCGCUAGUCAGCUGAGCGAGGCGCUGGACGGGAGCCACCUCGUCGUGGUCCCUGCGGGGGUGCCCCGGAAACCAGGGAUGACGCGUGAGGACCUCUUCACCAUGAACGCUCACAUCGUGGCCGAGCUGGCGGAGGCGUGCGCCAUCACGUGCCCCCAAGCGCUGCUCUGCAUCAUCUCCAACCUGGUGAACUCCAUGGUGCCCAUCGCAUCGGAGAUCUUCAAGAAGCACGGCGUCUACGACCCCAAGCGGAUCUUCGGGGUCACCACCCUGGACGUGGUCCGGGCCAGCGUGUUCUUGGCCGAUCUCAAGGGACUGGACCGGUCGGCGGUGGAGGUCCCCGUGGUCGGAGGUCACGCAGGAAAGACAAUCAUCCCCCUCCUGUCCCAGAGCUUGCCCAAGGUGGAUCUCGGUCAGGAUCAGAUCGAGAUGCUGACCUCGCGCCUGCAGGAGGCCGGCACGGAGGUCGUGAAGGCCAAGGUCGGGGAAGGCUCGGCGACGCUGUCCAUGGCGCACGCGGGCGCCCGCUUUGUGUCGUCGCUGCUGGAGGCGAGCGACGGGCGCAAGGGCCUCGUGGAGUGCGCCUUCGUGCGCUCCGAGGAGACGGAGGCGGCGUACCUGUCCACGCCGCUCCUGCUCGGGAAGCGCGGCGUCGAGAGGAGCAUGGGCCUGGGGCCGCUGUCGAGCUACGAGGAGAAGCUGCUGCUCGCUGCCGUGCCCGAGCUCAAGGCGGCGAUACGCGACGGCGAGGAGUUCGCGCGCAACUUCAAGUAGCGUCGCCACGAUGACCGCGGCGUCGUCACGGCAAACGACGUCGCUCCGGCCUCAUCGUCGCUCCGGCCGCAUCAUCGCUCCAGUCAGCCGCAUCGUCGCUCCAGCGGCACCAUCGCUCCAGUCAGCCGCAUCGUCGCUCCAGCGGCACCAUCGCUCCUCUCCUUCGGACGACGGCCGAAAGCCGGGUGGCCGUAGAAAUCCAAGGAAGUGCCGAUAUUCACUUUACAAACAGAGCAGCAGCAGCCCGUGAGAGAGUUUGGAUCGGUAGCGAUUAUAUCCGUUCAACGGUAACAAAGAUGUUUACGCGUUUUGGUUUCAAAGCCCAUGGCUCUCGUUAAUUCUAAUGAACCAUGGGAAGCGGAGGGGGGGGUGCAGGUGCUGUUGUUCCGUCGCUAGCUGUGAUUGGUGACCCUUUGGGCAGUUCCACAAUUCUGGACGUACGUUUCAGACUAAUUUCGCUUGGGGGCAAUCCUUAGUACAAUUAUGAAGUGGCCUUUUUUACAGGGGACGGUAGGAACUAAUUCUCACGACAUACGGCAGGGCCCGGGCGUACUCGGGACGACCUUUCUCAUCCCACGCUGGGAACGGUGGUGGUGCUGGUGGUGGUGCCUGCAGUUUGUUGAUGCGUCAGACCAUCGACGACUCUCCCCGUAAACAAGCCACGCGGCCCGCGGGCACGAACACGGGCCACAGGGUGGCUGGCAGCAGUGCAGGGGGUGACGCUCGCACGCCGACUGGCAGCAAGAAGGACCUGGGUUCGGUUCGUGACACGGGCACCUUUCUCUCUGGAGUUUGUAUGUUCUGCCCCUGUCCUACGUGGGGUGUUUCUCUCGAUUCUUCGUUUUCUGCCCAGAGUAAAAAAACAACCCCAUACAAUGUAACUGGUUUUUGGCUAAACAUCCCCAAUGGUUAAAAAAAUUCAAUGUGCACUGCAAAUCACUCACUGGGAUCCCACACAGCAGCAGUAGCAACAUUGCCCCCCGACUGUAAAAACUUAACAGGAUGAACUUAAAAAAAUCAAGAGACUCAGCGAGGCUUUCCUUGAUAAAACAGGCAGAAUAAUAAUGACUUAAAAAUGAUGCCCCACGUGUUAGAAUGCGGAUCAAUCUGGAAGUUUGACACUGUGGUUGCCUACUUUGUGGAACUGCCCAAUUAUUAAUGUGAAGCCAUCUGGCAAUAAUUUAAAGUGCCAUACUUAGAUGUGG